AUGGUUAUCAUUAAUAUCAAUUCUAUAGGUGGAAAGGAGGUGUUGUGUCUCGCUUUACUCGCCGUCGCUGCUUAUCAACUGUGCACGAUCAUCUACCAGUUAUUCCUCUCACCAUUGAGCAAGAUACCUGGUCCGUGGUUGACCAGGAUAACACCUCUCCUGGAAGUUAAUGCUCUCAAAGAGCAGCGUCGGACUCGAUGGGUCGGUAGCUUGUUUGCAGAGAAUCUUGGUGCUAUAGCAGUCCGCACUGGACCGAAAGCUGUAUCCUUCAACCACCCAGAUGCCAUCAAGGCAAUCUAUGGUCACGGUAAAGGAGCGGAAGAGUUCGGAAAAUCGAGUUGGUAUGAUGCCUUCUCCACAACGGGAGAGUCACUCUUCUCCACUCGGUCGAAGAAGCGCCACGCCAUGAAGCGGAGAAUGGUUGCGCAUGGCUUUAGCACUCAAAGUCUCGCUUUGUUCGAGCCUUAUAUUGAUCAGAUGUUGGAUAAGUUCAUGAGAAAGAUGGACAAAUUCGCCCAGACAGGGGAGGCUUUCGAUAUCUACUUUUGGUUCGAGCUUUUUACCAUGGACUUGAUGGGCGACCUAGCUUUGGGAGACAACUUCGGUGUCGUUGAAACUGGUAAACCAGCGAGGUACUCCACACUUGUCGAGCUUUCACAGCGAUUUGGUAACAUCAGUGGGAUUCUUCCAUUUGGCAAAAGCAGCGUGUCAAUUCUCAGCUGGGUACCACUGCCUUAUGUUCAGAAACUCUGGAAAGCCCGAUUGGAGUAUCUAGAUUACGCGAGGAUGGCAUUGGAGAAGAGAUUCCAGGAAGAUCGCAAACAGGUGUUGCCGACCGGAAAGCCUCGACAAGAUAUCAUGCAGCGCUUCAUCGAAGCUCAGGAUCCAGAGACGGGCCGGAAAAUGGAUUUCCCUGAGCUUCGUGCUGAGACGUCGUCGUUGAUGGUUGCUGGUGCAAGCACAGGCAGCGUGACAAUGAACUGGAUGACAUACUACCUGUGCAAGAACCCGACUGUCAAAGCCCGCAUAAUUAACGACCUCGAAGUCAUGUUCCCUGAUAACCUUGAUGGAACCAAAGCAAUUCCCUUCACGAAGUUGAAUAAGCUGAGUCUCCUCGAGUCCGCUGAGAUCGAGUGUCUCCGACUUCACCCACCUAUCGGUUAUGCUAUGCCGCGUGACACACCUUCUCAGGGUGCUGUCAUCUGCGGUGUGUUCAUUCCGGGAGGUGUAGCUGUUGGUGUACCUGCCGCUACGAUCGGUCGAAACGCCACAGUGUAUAAGAACCCGGACAAUUGGGACCCUGACAGGUGGUCAGAUGAGACAGCUGACUUAGCGACGAUGAAGACGUGUUUCCUAGGCUUUGGGUUCGGCACCCGGCAAUGCAUUGGAAGAAAUGUUGCUACUCAGUUUAUCGUGAAGAUGAUUGCCACAUUGCUACUACGAUAUGACAUGGAGUUAGAGGAUCCGAGUCUAGUGCUAGGAACUAAGGAGUUCACCAUUCAGAAGCCGGAUCAGAACUACAAUGUUAUUCUGCGGCCGAGAAAAGCCGGUCGAACCUAG